CUCUCCGGAGGACGGGAUUGGGAGAAAGUGGAAAACGGGAGUAGAAAAGUUGGUCCAAGGGCGAAAUGAGCGCGGACAUGGACCACAGAGAACCGCGGUGACCGGACACCGAGUGUGUCGCUUCCACUAGUCGCCUCUCGGUGGAUCAUGCAAACUUUCCUUUGUCGACUUCGCCGUUACGCCGCCUGACACAUGAUGGGCUUCGGUCGGGAUCUGAGGAAUUCCCACGAGGGAUUACUGAAACUACAGGAUUGGGAAUUAAAGCUGCUGGAGACUGUGAAGCGUUUCAUGACCCUGCGCGUGAAGAGCGACAAGGAGUACGCCGCCCUGCUUCUCAACAUGACGCAGCAGAUGGAGAAACAGGAAGCGGCCGACUAUGUCAGCACCGUCAACAAGUCGUGGUCGCAGGUGGUGCGUCAGACGGAGGCGCUUGGUCGCGUCAUGAGGGGUCACGCCGACGACCUGAAUUCGGGUCCGCUGCACCGCCUUGCCACGCUCAUCAGAGACAAGCAGCAGGUGAAGAAGAGCUACCAGAGUCUUCAUCAGCAGCUGGAGAGCCACAAGCACAAGGUGACUCGGAGUGACCUGGACAAGCUGAAGUCGACGUAUCGCCAGCUGAGCCGCGACGCCAACAACGCCAAGGACAAAUACCGAGAAGCUCUCAGCAAAGGCCGUGAGGCGGAGCGCGCUCACGAACGUUACGACAAAGCCACCGCCAAGCUCCACAACCUGCACAACCAGUACGUGGUGGCCGUGUGCGGAGCGCAGACCACGCAGGAAGAACAUCGGCGGCGCGCGGCGCCUGCGCUACUCGACGCCCUCCAAAGGAUGCAGGAGGACAUGACGCUCGCUCUGAAGAACAUUUUGGAAGAGUACUGCGAGAUCAGCAGUCUGCUGACUGACGAAGUGGUCAAAGUCCAUCAAGAGAUUUCUGCGGCGGUCCAGCAGAUCGACCCGCUGGUGGAAUACCAGCACUUCAUCGACGCCUACAGGUCUCCGGAGAGCCCUGAGGCCAACGUGGAGUUCGACACCUCCCUGCUGGACGAGACAGACAACCUGUCGGCCAAUGAGAUCCUGUGGAACACGCUGACGGCCGACAGUCUUCAAGCCAUGUUGUCGUCAGCCACAGAGGAGUUGGCACUGACUCAGCAGAAUCUGAGGACCAAAGAGGCUCUGGUGGACGACCUCGAUGCCAAGAUCAUCAGUAGCCAGCAGAACGCAGACAGGAAGUCCGACUGCGUGCUCCUCCUCAGUCAGAAACUGUCCCUCCUGGAGCUGCGCCAAACCGUCCAGUCCCUGCGCAGCUCCGAGGCUCGCCUCUCCUCCCAGAAAGCCCUGUUGGACGCCAAAAUGGCGGACGCCCCGUCUCCGCCUCCCCCGCCACCGCCGCUUGCGAUGCCCUACGAGGACGACACUCGCUCCGUCAGCUCCACCGAUAAAGGCAAGGAGAAGAGCUCUCGCUUGGACACGCUGCGACACUCGCUGGCUGGAAUGAUCCGCUCGCCUAAAGCCAUGUUGGGCUCGUCGUCCUCGCAGUUCUUUGACGUCAUUCCAUCGUCGGAGCGCCCUCUGGCAGACCAGGAGUGGUACCACGGUGCCAUCCCUCGCACGGAGGCUCAAGAGCUACUUCGGCAGCAGGGUGACUUCCUGGUGAGGGAGAGUCACGGCAAACCGGGCGAAUACGUCCUUUCCGUGUUCUCGGACGAGCAGCGGCGACACUUCAUCAUCCAGUUUGCCGACAAUCAGUACCGCUUCGAGGGGACGGGCUUCACCACCAUCCCGCAGCUCAUCGAGCACCACUUUUCCACCAAGCAGCUCAUCACGAAAAAGUCUGGCGUGGUGCUCCUCAACCCCGUUGUCAAGGACAAAAAGUGGAUCCUCAACCACGAGGAUGUGGCGCUGGGCGAGCUGCUGGGCAAGGGCAACUUCGGCGAGGUGUUCAAGGGGACGUUGCUGCGAGACAAAACAGCAGUGGCCGUCAAAACCUGCAAAGAAGAUUUGCCUCCAGAACUCAAGAUCCGCUUCCUUUCGGAGGCCAGGAUCCUGAAACAGUACGAUCACCCCAACAUCGUGAAACUGAUCGGCGUGUGCACUCAGAGGCAGCCCAUCUACAUCGUCAUGGAGCUGGUUUCCGGCGGCGACUUCCUGUCCUUCCUGAGGAAGAAGAAAGACGAGCUGAAGACCAAGCAGCUGCUGCGCUUCGCCGUGGACGCGGCCGCGGGCAUGGCCUACUUGGAGAGCAAGAACUGCAUCCACAGGGACCUGGCAGCCAGGAACUGCCUGGUGGGAGAAGGCAGCUUGUUGAAGAUUAGCGAUUUCGGCAUGAGUCGUCAGGAAGACGACGGCGUUUAUUCGUCGUCCGGACUCAAGCAGAUUCCCAUUAAGUGGACCGCUCCGGAAGCUCUCAACUACGGUCGAUACACGUCUGAGAGCGACGUGUGGAGUUACGGCAUCCUGCUGUGGGAAACCUUCAGUCUGGGGGUGUGUCCUUACCCGGGGAUGACCAAUCAGCAGGCCCGUGAGCAGGUGGAGAAAGGUUACCGGAUGGCAUGUCCUCAGCGUUGCCCGGAUGACGUGUACAAGGUGAUGCAGCGCUGCUGGCAGUACAGCCCGGAGGAGCGACCCAAAUUCGCAGAACUGCAGCGAGACCUCGCCGUCAUCAAAAAGAAGUGACGGGGGAAGUGUGGUCUGUUUUUUUUUUUUUUUUGCCAAGGCAUUUGAACACUAAAAACGUGUCUCUCGGCUACUCAUCCACAAAAGGGCGUUGGCGUCGCUCGCUGCCUUAGCUCAGCGUCAGCAAACGUAAAAACCGGCGGUCAAACAGGAAAUGUGCAUGCUUGCAUCACUAAUUAAAAAA